GCCACCUCAACCUGCUACAUGAUCGCGCCAUCCUCCUCUUCGUUACGUUUGCGCCCGAUCGACGACGACACAGCUAGUAGCAAUGGCGGCGGCGUCCAAGGGCCUCCUCCUGCUCGCGCUCCUCGCGGCGGCCGCCGUGCUCGCCACCGCCGCGGCGGAGCAACGAACCCAUGACAGAAAGGAGAAGAUGGCGAACGGCGCCGCCGGCGUGGAGCACUGGCACGGCGGUGGCGGCGGCCACGGCGGCGGGUCAGGUGAUGAGCACAGCCACGGCUGCGAGUACGGCUGCUGCCGCCGCGUAUACCACGGCGGCUGCCAGAAGUGCUGCCCGCCUCCCGGCGGCCGGCCGGAGGUGGGGAACUAGCAAGACCUCGUCCUACGCUGAGCAGGAUCGGAGAUCGAUGCCCGGCGAGGUGUUCUUCAAGUUCAUACUCGUUACGUACCCAACACGGGUGUAGCUUAGUAUUAGCUUGGUUGUGCGUGGUAGCAUCCUUACGAGUGAAUAACGUGCGACGUGCACGUACGGAUAGGCCCGUACGUGUAUGGACGUACGCACACAUGUACGUCUUCCUCUCCUUCCUGCCUCCUGCUGCUGCGGAAUAACUGUGUGUGUUGUGCUGUACCUGUACUGGUACUGCGGUAGCAAGAGCUCAUGUUGGUGCGCUUGAAAUCUCAAUGAAACUGCAACAAGUAUAGUAUCCUCUGCGA